AUGGGGACAUCGCUACACGCCACCACCGCCUACAUCCCAGCAGCUAACGGCAUGGUGGAGAGAGUCCACCGAUCGAUCAAGGCUUCCCUGAUGGCACGCUGCACCUGCGAAAAUUGGGAGAGCCAGCUACCGUGGGACCUCCUUGGUCUCAGGACUCCCCCACGGGCGAACGGUGAGGCAUCACCCGCGGAGAAGGUAUACGGGGAGCCAUUAACAGUCCCUGGCGAGUUCUUCCCGACCAAUGCCGACGACGCCGACGUCCCCAUCGCCAGGCUUCAGGAAUCUGCCGGGAAAUUCACGGCCUGCGUCAAAACCUUCUCCAACAGGACCAAACGUUUCCUCAUGAAGGCCCUAUCAUCGUGCAAACACGUCUUCGUCAAGGACGACGCCCGCCGCCUGCCUCUAACGAGACCCUACUGA